GAUGUCAGCCCCCACGUGCUUAGAAAUUUUCGUUGGCUGUUACGAGAGAACAACCCUUGGUUAUGAAGUUAUUGAGAAUGAGGAUUCAUUUGAGAUCAAGGCGAAGUUUACAGACAAUUCCCACAUUGGUUAUGUCAAGACAAUUGCAGCCAACAGGACGUUCCUGGCCACCGGAAGCACAGAUGAAACAAUCCAUCUAUAUAACGUGAAAACUAAUAGAGAACUUGGAGCACUUCUGCAACAUUCUGGUUCGAUUACCAGCUUAUGUUUCCAUGGUGACAACCACAUGUUGAGUAGCAGCACCGACGGCACUCUAUGUAUAUGGAAUACAGAUUCAUGGGAGUUAAUGAAAAGUUUACGAGCUCACAAAGGUGGGGUAAACUCACUAGCCAUUCAUCCGUCAGGAAAGCUGGCUCUGUCUGCCGGUCAUGACAUGUCACUCCGAACAUGGAACCUCAUCAAGGGAAGAGUUGCGUACACAACAAAUAUGAAGCAGUCUGCUGAUUUUGUGUCGUGGUCACCGGACGGAGAGCUUUACAUCGUCAUUUUGAACAGUAUCAUCAAUAUUUAUGACAUCACCACGGCAACGAUAACAUGUUCAAUAGAUUGUUCAAAGAGAGUUCUCGCUGUAGCAUUUCUCACGAAUCGAAUAUUAGCCGUCGGAGGUGAAGGACAGACCAUUCAACUGUUUGAAAUCUCCAAAGGAAAGCCGACAUGCAAGUGUGAAUUUAAAGCACAUGAGAACAGAGUAAAAGGACUGGCAGUCACACCAGACCGGAGGAGCCCGCCUAAGGAAAACUGCAUGUGGCUGGUUUCUGUUUCAAGCGACAGCUUCCUUAAGGUUUGGUCUGUCAACAUUGAAGAGCUAGGGGAGCCAUCUCUGCUAGCAUCAUUAGACACCACAGCUAGGUUGACCUGCGUGGCAGUUAGACCUGCCAAAACCGAAUCAUCAUCAAAGCCGACAAGAGAGAUGCAGACAGACUCAAAGGCGAGCAUCGCUAAGGGAGAAGGCCCAUCAGUCAAACGGAAAAGUGCAGGUGCCAAACAAGAUUUAAAAAAGAAGAAGAUACGGAUCAAAAAGCAAACACCUUAAGCAGCUUCAGACAGAUUAGAGUCAACAAACGGCCCUUUAUACUCUUUUGUAUAGACCUCUGUCACUCAGCAACCAUUUUGGUCAAAUUCCCUGUAUCCAUAUAUAGUGAAUACAAGUACUUAUAUAUUUACAAUAAGGAGCCUGACUAUUUUAUAUGCGUCUUUGUUUGAUUGGUUUCAAUUAAUUUGGGGUUGAACAAAGUAAAAUAAUUGACUAGAGCGGGAUUUGUACCAAAGCAUCCGGAUUAACGUGUCGGCACUCAACCAACUGAGAUAUCAUAGCCCGGUGUUGGCGGUCCCAGCCAGAGGCCAUGUUUCAAAUCCUGCUUUUGUCAAGUUUUCUUUGCUAAACCCCAUAUCAUUUCAAAUUUACCCAGUCAGUUUCCUGUGUGAGUUUAUUAUUGAUUUUGAAUUAAAUUAAAUGGAUGUAAAGCACGAUGACUGGAAAACAGGGGUCAUGGUAAAAUAAUUGUUUCAAGAAAAGUCUGACUUUUAAUAUUUUUUUUUCACCCUUCAUUUGAUAGAACAUACCGAUACAUAAUGCUCCGCCCCAUUGCAUAUUGACCAAUCACAACCCAUUGCACAACCAAAAGUCUGACACUAUAAAGUCUGACAUGCGU